UAUGAUAAUAAUAAUUUUUCUCUGGACAAACUACAUAAAAAUGUGGUGCGGGAGAAAGUGAGGUGCUAUAAGAGAUCCGAGAAGAGAUGAGAGAGGGGAAAGAGGGGAAGAAGAACAGCGUGAAGCGAGUCCCCUCUUCGCCACACUUUGCUGUUUGGGGAAUCUUGCUAGCACCUGAGAAUGAGGCGAUUCCUUCUGAAUCUGUGCUGGAGUUCUUAGGAUCUGAGGGUGAAAGCGGAUCAGAAGGGGAAAUAUGAUACGGUGGUGAGGAUUCUCCGCCGAAUGUGGAGUCUUUGCUGCGAUUUGGGUGUGGGGAUUGGAGUUGGAGAUGGGAAGAAGCAAAGUGGUGAACAUUUGCUGACAGAGCCCGGUUCUUUUUGGGGGAAAAUGGGAUUUUGGAAGAUGGUAUUGCGUUGUUGGUUAUCUGGACUCGUGGUUUUUUAGUCAGAAGCCUGUACCUUCUGCAAGUUUUGGCCUCGCGCUCUGGGCUGGGUUUCUAGGGUUGGAGAGUGUUACGGCUUCUAUUGAGGAGUUGAUAGUGCUUUGGGGUUUCUUCAGGGGAGGUAUAGGUUUCUUUUAUUCAGUUUAGGGUUUCAUAUUGUUCAUGAAGGCGACCUGGGUUUGGGUUUGAGUUCCUAGAAUAAGCUUGGGGACGGAGUGGAUUUCUCGUAUACUCGGAACUUAAUUGGUAUUUAUACAGUUCAUUCUCCGGUAGCAGUGAUUCUGCUCAAAGAAAGGAAAUUGGGAAAGAAGGAAUUUAGGAUGGAUUUGCCUUGUUGAAAGGUGACAUGGGAUGAACCAGACUUGUUACAGAAUGUGAAACAUGUGAGCCCGUGGCUUGUCGAACUGGUUUCUAACUUGCCAGCUAUCCAUUUAGCACCUUUCUCACCACCACGGAAGAAGCUUCGCAUCCCACAACACCCUGAUUUUCCCAUUGAAGGCCAACUUCCAACUCCACUGUUUCCAGGAAACCCCCUUGCGCCCAGCAGCAGCCCCUUGUGCUGCUUUCCAGACAGCACUCCUGCAGGCAUACAGGGAGCCAGGCAUGCUCAAUUUGGUAUAUCUCUAUCAGAUCUUCACCUUAACAAACUGCAGUCGGGUCUGUUCCAUCCUGGGCUCCACCGGUUUGAUCAAGCCACUCCACCCUCUAGAAUCUCCACAGGACUUAUCAUUGGCAACCCUGCCAUUCAGGACAAUGUAUCUUGUUUGCUAACCAUUGGCAAUCCUUCUCAGAGCACAAAAAAACUAUGUGAUGGAAAGACACCGCAGUUAGUGCUUUUUGGACAACCAAUACUCACUGAACAGCAGAUAUCUUCGAGCAAUUCUGGGGACAGAAUCUCUCCUGGAGUUACUGGAAACAGCUCAUCAGAUGGGAAUCCUGACAAGACCACAAACAUGUCAGAUGGUUCUGGCUCUGCAGUUCAUCAAAAUGGGCUUGCAGAGAAUUCAUCAUGUGAAGGAUUUCCAUGGUACAGGGAUCGCCGAGCAUCCGAGCUUGGUCUGGAGACUGGACAUUGCAAGGUUUUCAUGGAAUCAGAAGAUGUAGGUCGCACCCUGGACCUUUCUGUCCUUGGUUCAUAUGAAGAGCUAUAUAGGAGGCUAGCUGACAUGUUUGGGAUUGAUAAAUCAGAAAUGAUGAGCCACGUGCUUUACCGAGAUGCAGCCGGUGCAGUUAAACAUACUGGAGGUGAACCCUUCAGUGAGUUCAUGAAGACAGCACGGAGGCUGACGAUAUUAACAGAUUCAGGCAGCGACAACAUAGGGAGGAAUGCAGUGACAGCCCAAAUGUCUGUCUCAUGAAUGCACUUAUGGAGUUGCAGGAAGCCUUCGCAAAAAUUAGGAGAUACGUGCAUGACCGGUUGAUAGGCGCCUGUCGUAAGAAAAUGGAUGUAAUCAAUUACCUUUUUUUUCAUUUUUCUUUUUUUUUUUUUGGGUCAAGAACCCCAACCUGAACGGUUGGGCACUGGGCUUGAUGGUUAUGUUCAUGGUUUGGAAAGUUAAACGUGUUGACGAUGCAAAAGGAAAUUGGGAGGCUUCUUCCUCUGUGCAGGCAUUUAAUAUUUUCAUGUAUUUACCGCAACAAUUCCACGUGUAGUGGAAACUGGUAUCCCGUUGUAGACGCUCAUCCAUGUCUUCUGUCCUGGGGGCGUGUGAGCCGAUACAACAGUUGGUCCUGUAGGGUCCCAUGACAUCUAUUCAUCUCUUUAUUGUGUUGUUAAUGUCUGGUCCUUUCCAAAGGCUGCGGUGGUGGGAGGUCCGUGCUGCCUUUUUAAUGUCCGGCCUUUCUCAAUUCCCACUUUUGCUGUGGUGGUGACUGGUGGCUGCUCUUUUAUCCCGUCUUUGCCUGCGCAAACUUCUAUUGACUAAUCUUCAUUGGUUGAACCGUUUGAUGGAUUUGAUCCCA